AUGCAUUUCCGCAACCUGACCGAUCAACUUUCGAACAUGCAGUAAGUGCGUUACGAAGUUGUUUUAUAUGCUUUAUUUGGCUGAGCGAUUAAUAUAUAUGUUUAUUUUGUAUAUAUAUGUUUAUUUUGUUUAUUCUUUUUGUGUCGUCCAAUUCUGUCUGUAGUCAUGCUCAUGAUUGUCAAGUCAGACUUCCGCUUCGCGGUCGUCCGAUUUUGCUAAUCACUCGUAUGAUUACAGACCUAAUUGGACUAAAUUAUACAAUAAAACUGUCAGGUAGAGAAACAAAAAUGGAUUAGUUAGAAUGCCAGAACCAGUUUCUCUAUUUUUUAAAUUUUAAUUGUUUUAAAUUAUGCCUUCGGGCCCGUUAAGUUACCAGAAAUUUCUAGAAACGGGUCCCUGGUUUGACUGCUUAUUUGGUUUUUCGAGCUUCUUCCUCCCUCCAUCGUAAAGCAUCUUAUUCUUUCCUGGUCGGCAACUAUGACAUGUGGUCGGAAGAAAAAAAAGAAAGGAAAAUACUUACCCAUGAAACAAUAUCAGGCAUGAUCCAUUUGACCAUAUGUUUCCCUCAGAGUUCAGUCAGCAAUAACAAGCUAGAAGUCGAUAUGAGGAAAAAAACACGAGACGGCGAACGAGGUUUAGAAAUAGCUAUCAAUGAAUCGCAAUUUAUGUUUGACUUAUAACCAGGUACUACGCCACCCAGAGUUCCUUAG